AAAUUAUGCAGGUCUCAUGAAAUAUAAAUAUGAUACAGUUUCUUUCUUCCGUUCAUGUCGUAACAAUAAGGAUUUCAUUUGUCUGAACUGUAUUUCAGGAGCAAAUCCCACUGAAUCCUCUGAGCUGAACCUCUGAAGAAACUUCUCAAACAUGAUUGUGUUGCUGUGUUUGUCUGCGGUGUUUCCCGUGUUGAUGGGGACUGAAGUGGUCAACUCUAAUUGCUUUCUUGCCACUGACUGCUCUGAUGUUUAUUCAAGUGGGAAAACCAGCAGUGGCGUGUACACCGUCUCCUCAAUAGAUGGACCGGUGCAGAUCUACUGUGACAUGAUCCCCAGCGGAGAAAAUCACAGCAAAGGCCACUGGACGGUGAUUGUCAGGCGAAUGGACGGCGAGGUGAAUUUCUAUAGGCCAUGGGACAGUUAUAAACGGGGUUUUGGUAAUAAAGAAGGAGAAUACUGGCUGGGUUUAGAGUUUAUUCACCUGCUGACACGCAGGAAUCGGUAUAAACUGAGAGUAGAUGUGGAGGACUUUAAUGGGAAGAAGGCUUACGCUGUGUACGAGUCCUUCUCUGUGGACGCCGAGUCUGAUGGGUACAAACUGCAUGUCAGCGGCUUUGUAAAUGGAGGAGCAGGUGACUCUUUGACUUACCACAAUGGAAUAAAGUUCUCCACCUUUGACAAAGACCAAGACAAUUGGAAAGAUGGCUCCUGUGCUUUAACAUACUCUAUGGGAGGGUUUUGGUACAACAAUUGUGAUCACACAAACCCCACUGGUCUGUAUUUCUGGGGGAAAGAUGAUGGUAGUUUGUUUAUUUCGACCAACUGGUAUUACUUGAAUAACAAUAGGAAAUCUGUGAAGACCAUCACCAUGAAGAUCACACGUGUGAUGUAGACCAGGGGUUACAAAUGCUUCGCCUGCAGCUUGUGCACAUAUAUCCACAACUAUUAUGCAUUCAUGUGGAUCUUUCUUAAAAUAUGGUGACCAGCAUGUCCCAUCAGCUUUCAGUGAGGGAAAAUUACACAUAAAAUAAUAAUAAUUUGACACCAUUGUCCUUUUAAAUAAAAAUGUGAUGAAAUUAGGCUCAUGACUUCAAGCUUUUCUACAUGCUUUGAUUUUGAAGCAAUAAAAGUUUAUGUUUAAA